GCGGCGGCCGAGGAGCGGGGUCGGGGGCGCAGCCAAACCGGCGCACACGGGCGCGCUCCCCGCGGAACUCCCGCGGGCGGCUCGGCGCUCUCCCGGAGGCGCGCGCGAGCCGCCGCUGCCGCCACCAACAUGGCCGAGACGAGUGAAGAAGUGGCGGUGCUGGUGCAAAGGGUGGUAAAGGACAUCACCAAUGCCUUCAGGAGGAACCCACACAUAGAUGAAAUUGGCCUGAUCCCAUGUCCUGAAGCUAGGUAUAACCGGAGCCCCAUAGUCCUGGUUGAAAACAAACUUGGUGUGGAGAGCUGGUGUGUCAAGUUCCUUUUACCGUAUGUCCACAACAAGCUCCUUUUGUACAGAACAAGAAAGCAAUGGCUGAACAAAGAUGAAUUGAUAGAUGUCACAUGCACCCUGCUGCUUCUAAACCCAGACUUUACCACUGCAUGGAACGUGAGAAAAGAGCUGAUCCUCUCUGGCACUUUAAAUCCAAUUAAGGACUUACAUCUGGGAAAACUGGCCUUAACUAAAUUUCCAAAGAGUCCAGAAACAUGGAUUCACAGGCGAUGGGUGCUACGACAGCUAAUUCAGGAAACUUCCUUGCCUUCCUUUAUGACCAAAGGAAACUUGGGAAUAAUUCCUGCAGAAAGGACCCAGCAACUAAUACGAGAAGAGAUGGAGGUCUGUGGUGAAGCAGCAGGGAGGUACCCAAGUAACUAUAAUGCCUGGUCCCAUCGCAUCUGGGUUUUACAGCACCUGGCCAAACUAGACGUCAAGAUUCUUCUUGAUGAACUGUCUUCUACUAAACACUGGGCGUCCAUGCAUGUUUCAGACCACAGUGGAUUUCACUACCGCCAGUUUUUAUUAAAAUCUUUGAUUAGCCAAACUGUGACAGAUGGUUCUAUAUCGGAGCAAAAUCCUUUGAGAAGUGAGCCAGGCAUAGUUCUUCCAAAAGGUGAAGAAGCAGUGGCUUCAGCAGAGGAAUCAAGGAUAAAUCUUCCCCAUCUUCUAGAAGAAGAAGUUGAAUUCAGCACUGAUCUUAUUGAUUCCUACCCAGGACAUGAAACCCUUUGGUGUCAUAGGCGGCAUAUUUUCUACCUUCAGCAUCACUUAAAUAGUAGGUUUCCUCACAGCAUGACCCAGUUGUCACCUGCAGACAGCCCUAGGGGGACUUUGAGUGACUUGCACCUCAUCCCAGCAGGCCCCCACACAUCUCAGGCAAUGGAGGUGGAUGGACUCAGUGACUCUAGCAAGCAAGGCUAUUCCCAGGAAACCAAACGCCUGAAGCGGACCCCAGCUCCAGACUCCCUAGGCCUGGAAAUGGAGCACAGGUUCAUUGAUCAAGUAUUGUCCACCUGCCGGAAUGUAGAGCAGGCCAGAUUUGCCAAUGCAUACAGGAAGUGGCUGGUUACGUUGAGUCAAUGAAAGAGGUGGAUUAGUCCUGCAAGGUUCCCCUUUUAGUGCAAUAUUGCUUUCCUUUCUUAUUUACAUAGUUGCAUGAACUGUUUGCUAUUCUUGGCUAACUAUAGCUAACUAUGUGUUCUUCAUCUUUAGGUUCAAAGUCCAUAAUACAUCUUUCAUUUUAUUUAUUUGUUAAGAACUGGCAUUCCUUUGGAGGUAAAAUAAUUGUGUAGUUCCUUCCUGCUAAACAAUGAGUCUUAAAUUUUUUUUCUUUUAAACUUCUCAUCCUUUGUAUUUCUAUACUUGAGGCUUUUCUCAUUUGGUUCUCCAAAUUGGUUCACACACACCCACCUCCACCCACCUCAGUGCAAUUGCUGCAUAGGCUAAUUUUUUUUAAUUAAAAAUUUAUGUUGUAGUUUAGCUUAAGAACAAUACAAAUGCAAAAUUACUUGAUCAAAUUGUUGUUUUGAGAAUCAAAUGGCCAGAUGGAUGGGUAUAUGAAGAAACAAACCAUUUCUCUUUCUCUAGCAUAUUCUACUCAAGUCAUAGACCAACAUAACCAAAGUAGAAGUGUUGGAAUUUAUAUGAAAAACAUGCUUCUAAUGUAAUCCAUUUUAAAAAUGGUUAUUUUUUAAAAAAUAAUUUUAAGAGAUUAUGUAGCUGUAGUGGAAAAUUAUUUUUUAUUACUAGCUUUGAUAGAUUGUUUUUACCUCAAAUUUGGUAUAAGCCAAAAACACUCAAGUCAGCCCUUAUAAAACUCAAUUAAAAAAAAAAACCUAGAAUGCCAUUUUUAGUUGUUAUUACUUAUUUUCCUUUCAAAUUCACCAUGAAAAAUGGGAGAUUUAGGCAUAGAAAUGUAUCCAUUAAAAAUCUUGCUUUUAAAAGAUUUAAGUUAUUGAUACAAUGGAUAAACUACAAAAUUUUUAUGAAGUGAUGAAAAAUUUACUGGCAAAAGCCAGGGGGAAAGAAAGAAUAGUUUUUGAAGGUUCUUCAAUCUUUGUUUUAAAAAAUAAAACAAUUUUAAAACUUUGAUACUAAACUUUUCAGGGAUGAGGUACCAAAGUAUCCAACUUAUAGCUGUAACUUAUCUUUUCUGUAAUAAGGGCUGAGUUUUUUCAGGUCAGUAAGGCAGGUGUGGGGGAAGGGCCAAGUAAUGUCUAAUUUCUUAAUACAUUUUCCCUUCAUAAAUGCUCUGCAUUUCCUCUUUCCAUACACCUUUCUCUUUAUUUUUCUAUCCUACUUUUUCUUGUCAUCUUCACUUUCGUAUAUUUUUCCUUAUCUAUCUUAUUUCAGGGAUUUGUACUAAAGAUAUUCUCCUCUUAUUUCCAGUUUAUUCCAUACCCCAUUAAACACACACGAAAUAUGAACAUGAACUGCCCCUCCAACAGUUCCCUAAUGAAGGAAGCUGUCUAUUGUUCUGGGUGUGUUUGGAAUAUAAUAGUGUAGAAACAAAUGUGACUGCUAUGCUUUUGCCUGUUCUCCUUUUUAUAUGGUAGGUCUCCUGUAGGGUGAGAAGACAGAUGUAAGGAAAGGCAAACCUCUCUUAUCUCACUGUUAAUGUGGACUCUGGACUUAAGUGAGAAACAUUGCCCUAAGGGAAAAGAAGAGUACCUUUACUUGUGCAUCAUCAUUUUGUUGAGUGGCAAACUGUCGAUUGAGAGUUAAGAUAGUACUGGUCCUUGUAGACAGAAGUUGCUCUUCUCUCUUAGGGCAAAAAUUACCCUUUGAUAGCUUUUUAUAGCAUUUAGGUGAGAAAAUGAUUGGCAUUAUGAGCAUAAUUGUAUGGUCCUUUGUGUAUAAAGCAUAUUUUUUAUUAGAUACCUCAAGAUCUACCUAGACCUCUAUGGAUUAAACCAUUAAUUUAUGAUUUUUAGCACCUGCAGGGCUUGGGGGCAGACUGCACACAGAUGACAUGGAAAGUUCAGCCCAUUCCGCAGUGUAUAUUGUCGAAUUCUGGCCUCACUCAGUAUUACUAUUUUUCCAAGCAUCAUUUUAAGUAUCCUGAGUAAUAGGGCUUCUUAUGCUUUGAGAGUAUCAGGACAUGAGUAUAGACAGUCCCCUCCGAAACAACAGCUAAAUUUUAUAAUGUUCCACACCUUUUCAUACCUUCCACAGAGUCUCUUGCUCUUCUUUGAUGUUAACUAUCUUCAUGUGUUUUAAGUCUCUUAACCAACCCCUGCAUGAAGCCAUGCGGUCCUUUAAUGUAUCUUGGUUUCCUAUCUUCCAGUAGUUUUAUGUAGGGGAGUAACAAUACAGAUAUCCAAAGGAUACUGUUUGUAUAUGACUUUUGUACUACUUUAUUUUGAAAAUUUGCAGUUUUCAAGUGUUCAUUCACAGAAAAACCUAAUAUUGUCCUAUCUCGUUAUGUUUUUUUCCCUAAGUGGUUGACAUCUAAACUCACUGCCUGUAUCAUGAUAAUAUCUCUUGAAUAAGUUCCUACAGUGGAAAGGUUGUGUCUAGUUUUAGGGACUUACUAAUCUUCACCUAUUUUUCUAUAAAUAUGUCAUUGUUAAAGGAAAAGAUCAUUUAGAUUGACAUAUAUUUCAUCCAGCUUUCACUGGAAGAAUAGUAGGCCAUCCUGUGGAUCAACGCAACAGUACUACUGAUAAACAAAAAAGCAAUAAGACCUGUAAAUAGCUCCCUCACUUGACCUUUGCGUGUGUGUGUGUGUGUGUGUGUGUGUGUGUGUGUGUGUGUGUGUACCUAUUUUGGUAAUGCGGUGUUCCCAGAUUCCGUGUGCCUUGCACAUUGUGAGGACUCAUUCAAUAUUUAUUAAAUUUAUGAAUGAAUAACUGUUUGAAAAUGGAAAAGAUUGAUCAUGAAUGAUGGAUAGAAUGAGUUAUGACUGAGAAAUUGAUGGACUGGAGCAAUGGAUUGUGAAUGAAUGACAUAUUCUGCCUUCAUGAUACUUAGGGAGAACUAUUACACAUAGAAUAAGUUAAUUUAGAUUUUUUUCCCAUCAUUAAACUCCCUGGUUUAUACUUGUUAAAUCCCAGCCAAGAAAUGCAGCUAUAUAAUAUCAAUUAACUACUUUUAUAUUAAAAAUAGAACUAAUGAAGACCAUCUGCAUUAAGAACACUACUUUCUAUUCAUUUAUGAUGUUGGAGGACCGAUCUUGCCAACAGAGCCAGAGCCACUUUGGGGGUAUUGAGGAAACUCUGAUUUCAAAGGCUUGUUUAUCUGUAUCUGUGCAAGAUAGUCAUUUUAUGUUUCUCCUUUUCCCUCCUCAGCUUGAACUGUGGGCCUUUCAGAUAUUUCUUAAACCUGUGUGGGUCAUUUUUUAAACUUCAGGAUUUCAUACCUAUUAAUGUCCCCUUUUUCUUUUCUAGGUUUUAGCAUUUUAUUUCCUCUUUGAAAACUCUGGGCCUAGACUUUGGGUCAUAUUUCUUAUUCCUAUGGUAUAAUUCUAACUUAAAGCCUUCAUUAUUUAUCAGAUUAAAUAUAUAGGAUGUCACUCAAAGCCACUUAAAUCUUCAGAUAAGGGCUUAGGUGACACAAGAUGUGCAAACAGAAGUUCUUGGAUUUUUAUGUGGCAUUUUGUAGGAAAGCAUAAAUGGUAGUAGAUUUUAUGUCAUUUAGAUAUAUUCAGGUCAUGUGAACUCAUGCUUGUUGAGGCAUAUACAUGUAUUAUGUUAAAAACUUAAUGUUGAGAACAAAUUUUGAGAUUCAUGUUUUUCUCUUAGUAACACAAGAUGGUGUCUGACAUGAGGGCUAAAUAUAAUUUAGGAAUGCAACUACCACUUGCUAUGCAACAGUCUAAUUUCUACCUUAGUUUCCCAGUAUUACAGAAGAUGCUAAAGAUUUAGUUUAAAAAAAUAAUUAAGGAAACACUUUUUUUUUUUUUGCAAAGAAGCUUUUGUAAGCUUACAGUUAUUUUGUUACUAAAAAAUUAUAUUUUAAAACUUUAAAAUAUUUAAAGUAUGCUAGAAAAUUUGAACAGCAUUGUAACAACUGAACCUUUUGUUUCUAAAUAAAUUCUCAAGUAGAACUGUGCAAACCCUUGCACUUUAUGUGCUGCUGCCUCCCUAUGCUUGGGUAUACUCUGUAAUGUGCUCCUUUUUAUUGGAGAAGUGUAUGGAAACACAGGAAAGCUCAGGCAGAUUUGGUGUCAUGAAGUCAGUGGGCAGGAAAAAAUCAACCCUUAGAAAGGAUCUAAUUACCAUCACACAGUGUCUUUUGAAAAAUAACUAUACAUAGUGUUCAUUCGAGUGCCUUUCUUACUUUUUUGGAGAAGAAGGUUAUAUUUAAGUCUAAGGUCUAGGUAGAAAACAAAAGGAUGAAAUUUUAUUACACAAUUGUGAGUCAUUAUUUUUUAUUUAUUCCAAUUGCUAGCUUGGUUCUAUGAAACAUUUUGUCCUUUGUGAAUUACUAAUUUGAGCAGGAAGGAUGCUUUGGUUUGCAUUUCAUUAGUUAUCAUUUUUCAGCACCCUACCAAGAAGAAUUAGUUAUUCCUCAGUGGUAACUAACUUCUUUGGGGUUGGAGGCAUCCCAUUUGCAGAGGACAGCAUAUGCAUAAUUAAAGAUCAGCCUGGGGAGUUCCCUUCAUGGCUCAGCAGAUAACGAACCCGACUAGGAUUCAUGAGGAUGCGGGUUCAAUCCCUGGCCUCACUCUGGGUUAAGGAUUUGACAUUGCCAUGAGCUGUGGUGUAAGUUGCAAACACAGCUCAGAUCCCACAUUGCUGUGGCUGUGGUAUAGGCUGGCGGCUACAAAUCCAAUUCAACCCCUAGCCUAGAAACUUUCAUAUGCUGCAAGUGCGACCCUAAAAAGAAAAAAAAAAAAAAAAAAAAAAAAAAGCCUGAAACCAGUGCAGCCCACAUUUAAAGGGAAACAGUUACGCUCUGCCCUAAAAGAAAUGCCAUAUGAUUGUCCUAAAUGAAUCCUUUGCCUCAUUUUAAAAGGACUUUUAAGGAUUCCUUCCCAAACUCAGGCCUAUGUAAGAUAGUUGAGAGAAGGGAGAAAUGGAACAAAUGGAACCUUAAUCUUUUCAAAUAUUGGAGGAAAAGAAAGAAGUAAAUACUGAGAUGAAAUUUAAAAUGUGGCAUUUUAUGUAUUUGGGUAUGAAGAGGGGAGGAAUAGGAAUGCCAUGUUUCCCAAUGGCAAAUAAUUGUUGUAAUUUCAUUAAAAUAUAUAGCUUAAGAUUCCAAAGUGCUUUUCAGAGAACUAUUGAAUAAUGUAUUCCUAAAGGACAGCAAUAGGUCACAUUCAUAAUGGAGAAAGAAAACCAUCGUCAGUUGUGGAUCUGACGGGUAGGGAUCUCAGGUUCCCAAUUUUGACUUCUAUAUUCUCACCAAGGCCAUGCUAACACUGUAAAACCAAACUAUUUAAUUAAAAUAAUAAUAAUAACAAAGAAAAAAAUAGAGAACAGUAGCUUAUUCUGCUGAUGAAGUCUUGUGCUUCCAAGAAUAUUAGCUAUAUAUAGUUUUUGCUUUCCGGACAAUAAUAUGGUCCACAGAGCUAACCCUGGCAUUUCUUUUAUUAAUCUGUUAUUAUUCCUCAGGGUGUAGAAGAUUUAGUAAAUUUAGGACAAAAUUUUAUAUUCAGUGGCAAAAAAGACAAAAAAAAUGCUAAAUAUAUUACUAGCUCUUAAAAUUUUAGUAUAGAUAGUAUUUUUAAUAAACCACUACCAGUGCAUUAGCUUAUAGAUGCUCUGUGACUGCCUCAUUGUUCAUCUUGCUGCUUCAGUCCUUAUAGCUCUAUUAGAAAUGUUCUUACAUGUGUCUUCUAUGGAAAUGACUUCUGUUUGGUAUUAUUUUCCAUGUUUGGCAAAGGUGUGGGUAUUUUAGUUGACAUCAUUCUCAAUUUUUGGAAAUUCUAUUGAGAAAAUGAUUACUUUUGGCUUUCAAACUGAAAACUCUCUGGCUUCUUAAAACUUUAGCUCCCCUGAAAGUGUGUUUUGUGUGCAAACCACAUGUUCAGUACAUUGCAUAAUGCUUGCACUUUGUAGGAAUUCAACAGGUCAGAAUUGUUAAAGGUUAGAGAGUUAAAACUAGCUUAUCUCUGUCUUAUCACCAUUCCUAGCUUCAGGAGUACAGUAUUGUGCCUAAGAUACACAAUCAGGUUCAAACUUACAAGUCAAAGAUAAAGAGCAACAUUAUGAGUGAAAUUUAGAUACUUUUAAGGCAUACAUAGUGUGUGUUUCACACACAUAUAUGUAUAUAUAUUUAAAUGAGAUUUGGAAUUUCAGCUUAUGUCAUGGUUUCACAAAGAAUUUUAUCCAGAUAAUCUUUAUUUUCGUAUUUGCUUAAAGUGCUCCUAUUUAAAGGCAGUUUUCUUAUUAGACCAGCCCCCGCAAGCAAAGUUCAAAACCUAACACAAGUGCCCAUUUGCCUGAAUUAACCAGAUAUUGAUGUAAACUGUUCAUAGUAAGUCUUUGGCUGCUUAUGAACCAUGACAUUUUUUUGGCUUUUCUUCCAUACUUUUAGGAAAUCAGCCUUAAUUUUAUGUAUGGCAGUCACUUUCUCCAAAAUACUAUGCAGCAUACUUUAAAUGUUUAUCUUUAUAAAGUGAUAAAUAAUAACUUUGAAGUUUUUCAAUGUCAUAGGGAUAAGUAAUUUCACAUGUCCAGAUAUUGACUCAUACAGAAUUCUGUUAGAAAUGCCCAUAUGUUACCCUCCCUCAUAAAUGUCAUCUUGCAUUUGGGAGAUCUUUUUUCUUCUUAUUGGUGCAAGUAUGAGUGUAGGCUGAAUGCAGUCAUCAUAGGUGCUUGAUAAAUAUUUAGUUGAUGGUUGAUCUAACAUCAAACUUAACAGCUUUCAGAAAGGAGACUGUUGCCAUCUUUUCAUUGAGGAGUGUAUUUUUAGACUAAUAUAUGUUUGAAACUGAAAAAUUUAUCAUGUGACAUGAAUUGUUAGGAGUAUUUAGACUGGAGUUAGUAACAUAAUAAAAAUAUUGUUUACAUAGAAAUGGUCAGAAGAUAGGAUAUGUGAAAAGUUUAAGUAAUAUCUCUGUGCAAGGCACAUUAAUAAAUGUGAUUAAAUGUCUUAAUAGGCUGCUGAACCCUAGAGAUAACUACUGUAGUCUUCUGCAAUCAGUUUCUAUGUUAGAAUAUCUAAAAUUAUCUGGUUUAGGUUCUGUUUAUUUCUCCCUAAAUCUUGGUUACUUUCCAGUGUCUUAAAAAUACUCAUGGUAAAGUAUGAAGUUGUAUUAAAUAACUUGCUUUUUGAGAACAUCUUCAAAGUGAGAGAAAUUUUUAUGAAUAAUGUGAUAGUUUCAGAAUCUCUUAAUUUGUGGCUUUUAGAGCAUUUUUGACAGUUUAUCUACUGCAAACAUAUUUAAACAGUUUAAAAACAAACAAGCAUUCCAACCUGAGCUGUGAGAAGCAGAGUGUGCAGCACAAGUGUAAUUAGGCAUUGCCUCCUGGCUCUUGAUGGCAUGACUGUGAAGCUGGCUUCUGUCUGAGGUGACUACUAUCGGUAUUGUAUUUUGGUGCAUGUUGUUCCUAGAAGAAUAAUGGAAUAUAUACUGGGUUAACUUGUUUUUGAGUUGGUCAAAAUAAAAGAUAAGGUAUUAUAAAUAUGCCAAAUAUUUUACACUAUACUACAAAAAACUAAAGGAGGGGAAGAAAAUGAUAAAAGAGCAAUGAUCUUUUCAAUAGCAUCUAAAAAAAUUUUUUUAAUCCAAUCUCUUGGACACUAGGCAAUUGCUUACUUGACCAUUCUGGGACUUUAAAGGAUAGUUCUCAGAUACUAUAUUCUGCUCUUAGAAUUCACCAUGCGUGUUAGUUUUAUAUUGCUUAAAGAUUUUCCAGAAAAUGGAGUAAUUAAGUAACUUGCAGUCAGUGUUUUAAGAUUUUCUUGUAGGUUAUGGAUAAAAGGACAAGUUACAUAUAUGAUCUGUGGUGCAAGGUCAGAUCCUGGGCAUUAAAGAUAGGUUUGGCUAACUUAUUUUACUGAAGAUAACUGUUGUCUUCAUUCUGAACCGCUAUUUUUUUAAAACUAUUUUCCCCUCAGUAUAACAGUCUGCGUUGAAUUUCCUUUAGUUCUUAUCAUAUACUAGUUGACAUUUUUUAAGGAUGAAAUACUUUGUGAAUUCUUUUUACACUUAAAUGUGUACCUUGCAGAGGGAUAAAAAUAAAUUUUGCCAUAAGGUAUAUACAGAGUGUGCUAAUGGUGUUCUGGGAGUUAAUAUUCCAGAGUGCUUUAAGGGUGAUACUACAUUGUAAGCCUGAUAAUGACUGUAGAUUAUCUAUAUCAGUGCUCUCUAGUAAAAAUAAAUGUGAGCCACAUAUAUAAUUUAAAAUUUUCUAGUAGCUACAUUAAAAAAAGAAACAGGUGAACUUAACUUCAAUAAUACAUUUUAAUCCAAUGUAUUAAAAAUACUAUCAUGUCAGUAUGUAAUCAAUAUACAAAAUUAUUGAGAUUAUUUUACCUUCUCCCCCCACCCCGUAGUAAAUCUUCAAAGUUGAGCAUGUAUUUUGCCCUCACAAUGCAUCUCAGUUCUGACUAGCUACAUUUUCACUUGUGGCUGAAGGCUGCACAUAGUGCAGAUUCAUAGAAUAUAAAGUAUGACUUUAUUUUAAAUUGGAGAUGGUGAAGUGGGCAUGAAAUUAUGGUAUUUUUAAAAUUAUUUUAGUAUACUUAGAAAAGCAUCGAAGAGAAUUAUCCACUUAUUUUCUUUUGUCUUCAUCUUAAAUAUUCUCUAGAAGUAGGCUUAACCCAUUUCAAUUUGCCAAGUAUUAUUUAAGUAGGAAGAAAUUCCAUGCCAUGUAAAAUACCAUGAUAUACUAAUUAUAACAACACAUUUUUCAAUGUGUUCACUAAAUUCUGUCCUGUUUCUUCAAAAUAAUAGCUUAAAUUGCAUGUUAAUUGUAUUUCUGUACCUUUCAUGUUUUUAUAUCAUCCUUAUAAUACAAUAAUGUGUAUUAAUGAACAGCCCUAGGAUUCUAAUCUUCCUAUGCAGCUGUCUUCCAGACUUACUGGUACACUUAAGUUGUGAUGAGUAGCAGAAAAGUAGGAUGAACCAUUCUUUUUUCCAUUAGAUUUGUUUUUAUCAUGUGACCAUGUAUCAAGCCAGCUAUAAAUUAUUGUAUUUCUGUAGAAUAUGGAAAAUAGUGUUUGUCUUAUCUUUGCUAAAUGUUUGCAAUUUCUAAGUAAACUCAUCUCCUAAAAUGA